CAGAGUAUAACUCAGAGGCCGGUAGGAUCGAUGCUACAGCAUGUCUGCUUGAUGGCUGUCCUAACAGUACAUUCUGGUCUAAUGAAGUAUACAAAUUUUCCGUGUGCCUGGAUAGGACUAGAAUAGCAAGCACACUCAGUUUUCAGCACAUGACGACUACAGAAGCCGACCCUCAGGACUCUAUCAAUCUCAUAGUUAUUAUUGUUGUCAUCGCCUGCAUGGUACUUCUAAUAUCCACUGUCUCUGUUGUGAUAUGUAUUGUGUUGAAAAGAAGAAAACAAACAGAUAACAAUCUAAACACAGAAGAAGAUAUUGCACUCAAUGACUCAGAUAAGAGAGGUUUGAGAAAUAAGGAUGAAAAUGAGAAAUAUUUCAACAUCAGGGAAAACCAUCAUGCACUGACUCCAAAAACACGAGGAAAUGUUAAAAUAUCUCAUGAAGAUGAGGAUACACGACUCAUUAGCGAUACAGACGAAAGAGAGAACUACACAAAUAUCAAUUUUGAUAUUUCACGUGUGUGGGUGAUUGUCACUAAAGACACGAUUCAAACUGCAAAAUUACUACAGCCAAUAAUCCAAAGGUAUGGCGUCUCUAAGCUUGCCUACAUUAACAAUAUACCAGGGAGUUGGAAAGCCGAAUUAAAUCAAAAAGACAUCAUGAUAUUCCGCUCCGGUUACUUUUCAGCUGGAGAACAAAUCACAAAAGAUUUUGAUGAACUUUUUGAUCAUUUAAAAAUUCAUACGGAACUCUGUAUAGUGUUUGAAAUUACUAAACAAAAUUGGCAAAGUCUGAGAAAAGAUAUGAAAUUGAUCCGAAGUGCUAAGGUGAUUCAGAUUUCAGAAUGAACGAAAGAGGUAAUAUUACCCAACGUUUGACUAUACACAGUCAGAUGUAGGACCGGUCGGUUAGAGAAAUGAAUACAGAUUUUAUUUUUACUGAGCCUUACAUUUAGGACGACUUGAGCUGAACUCUGAUAUAUUGAAACAAAUUCAGUGAUAUCAAGUG